GAGAGUUAAAAGUGUGUGUUAUUAUGCAUUUAAAUGUGUGAAUAUAAAGAUCAUUACGAUAAUCAAUCCUAACCAUUCUUACAUCCUUACUGAAACAGUUAAACAGUUAACCAUUUUUACACCAUUCAAGAGAAUCCCAAUUCCCGACAUCACUAAAUCCCUUUUAUUAUAAUGACACCAGAUUACCAGUAGAGCUAAAAUAGAUUGUAGCAAUUCUUGGACACAAGGUGUAUACUGCUAGUAUUAUUUAACUUAUUUCCGUUUGUAUAAUUAAUUAUUAAAGGACUAGAACCUUGCAAAAUAGAUUGAUGAAUGAUGAUAGAAGGAGAAAAUGAAAUUAAUUACCCCUUGAGUUUAAUUUUAACCCAUUCCACGGAGACCGUACUCUCUCUUGUUGCAAAAGUUUUGACGAACACGUUCACUUCACUACCUGCCAACUCCAGAAAAGCCCCCCAUGAUUCAACAACUACCAGCAGUUACAAUUUACUUAUCUUGGGAUUUGGCCGUUUUGAAGGAAUUACCGCUAAAUGGUAGCCCAAUUCUGCUUCAAAUUACCAUCACUCGUUCGCCCCCUUUUCAGUUUUCACCACCAUCCCUCAUUCCUCAAGCUGGAUAUUUCCCAAUAUUUCAUCUUCCCCAAACUUACUAAAAUAUCAAAACUAGUAAAGUAAAGUUGCCAUUUUUUUUGUGUUUUUUUUUCCCCCUUUUUCUAUCAGUAAGGAGUGGUUACUUUACUGUGUACUUUUUUCUAGCCCAAUUCAAGUUUUUUUCUUUCUGGGUUCAGUUGAGAUGUGAACCUUAUUGAUGAGGAAGUUGUCACCAUGGCUCAAGACGGUUUUAUUACGGCUGGGGCGGUGGCCGCCGAUAGCUUGAAGAAGAAAACUGCUGUUUCUAGAAGUUGGAUUCUGUUGGACAGCAGUGGGGAGGGAACUGUAUUGGAUUUGGAUAGGCAUGCUAUAUUAAGAAGAGUUCCGAUCAAUGCCCGAGAUCUUCGGAUUCUUGAUCCUAUGCUGUCUUAUCCUUCUACAAUUCUUGGCCGAGAAAAGGCAAUUGUUCUUAAUUUGGAGCACAUCAAAGCAAUUAUUACAACCGAAGAGGUGUUGCUCCGUGAUCCCUUGGAUGAUAAUGUGGUGCCUAUUGUUGAAGAACUUCAAAGAAGAUUGCCUAUGGCUAUUGGCCAAGGGGAAGGUGAGGAUGAUGACCGUCCUGAGACGCCGAAUGAAGUUGAGCCUGAUUCCGAGACUGAAUUUCCGUUUGAAUUUCGGGCUCUUGAAGUUGCUCUUGAAGGUAUAUGUAGCUUCCUUGAUGCACGUACAAGAGAAUUGGAGACUGCUGCUUACCCAGCUUUAGAUGAGCUGACAUCCAAGAUUAGUAGCCGCAACCUGGAUCGUGUACGUAAAUUAAAGAGUGCAAUGACAAGAUUGACCAAUAGAGUUCAGAAAGUCAGGGAUGAACUUGAGCAACUUUUGGAUGAUGAUGAUGAUAUGGCAGACCUUUACUUGUCCAGGAAAUUGGCAGGAGCAGCUUCACCUGUAAGUGGACAAGGAAUUCCAAACUGGUAUCCUGCCUCUCCAACCUUGUGUUCAAAGAUAUCUAAAGCUAGCAGGACAAGUGGUCUCACAACUCAGUCUGAAAAUGACGUUGAGGAACUCGAAAUGUUGCUUGAGGCUUACUUCUCGCAGAUAGAAAGUACGAUGAAUAAGUUGACCACAUUAAGGGAAUACAUUGAUGACACUGAGGAUUAUAUCAACAUUCAGCUAGACAACCAUCGAAACCAGCUGAUCCAGCUGGAGCUGUUCCUAAGUUCCGGGACGGUGUGUUUAUCGAUUUACUCAUUGGUGGCUGCCAUUUUUGGGAUGAAUAUACCUUAUACAUGGAAAGAAGGCCAUGGAUACAUGUUCAAGUGGGUAGUCAUCUUCGCUGGAAUUGCUAGUGCUUCUCUUUUCCUAUCGAUAAUGUCCUACGCCAGGCACAAAGGUCUUGUCGGGUCAUGAAUUAUGAUUAUAUUACUAUGUAGUAUGUAUUAUCAAAAAUAAGGACAUCUACAUUUGUUCUUUUGGUUGCUUCAUUCUUGAAUGAGGUGCAGAUCAUAGAGCUUAGAACGACAGAUUGAAGGGAAAACUCCCCCUAAUCAGGGAGAUAAUACCGUUCAUUAAUUUAAUUAAUUAAAUUGAUUUACAGUUCGUACGUGGAUGCAUAUCAAAGAGUUGCCUGAAAUCCGACAGUACUAGAAUUAACAUUACAAAAUCAGGAUAUUGAUGCUUGGUCCCCUUAUUUGAGCAUUCAUCAC